AUGUAUGACAUUGCUGGCUGUAAGAUCCAGUGGGAUAAAAUGCCAACCAUUGGAGCAACUUUAAUUUUUGUGGCGUUCCUUGUCAUACCUUGCAAAGCAGGACAAGCCACAGAAUGUUCAACAAAUAUAACAAGUCUUUUCUCGGAGCUAGAGAACGAGGUACAGAGGAGAGAAGACAGCAUGACAGCUAGCGAUAUUUAUCAUGUGGUGUCUGAGUGGGUUCCGCUUAGUCCUAGAAAUGUCACUGAACAGUGUUUACACCAGGGUGUCAAUGCCACUCAGUGUUUACUCGACAAGUGUCUGACAUUCCAUGAAAUACUUCGUCUACACAAUUUGAAUGCCACCUCAAGCCUCUCACAAGAUGACCUGCAUAAGUUGUCUCCCCUCCUGACCUACAUUGUAAGAGCCAAAUCUUGUAACAACGCAGAUACAUCUGUAGAGGAAGAGACAGAAGAACGGCACAGAAACAAACCAACAAUGGCAAAAGCAUGGGGAUAUGGUUUUUUAUUUGUCACCAUAAUCAACAUUUGUUCAUUGACUGGAGCUAUGGUCCUGCCCUUUAUGAAGAAAUCGGUGUACAAGCAGAUUCUAAUCUUUAUGAUUGGCCUUGCUGUCGGCUGUCUGGCCGCCAAUGGACUUCUCGUUCUCAUACCAGAGGCCCUCGGACUAAUGUUCAUUGAAGGACAUGAAGUUAGCUGGAACUAUGUAUGGAAAACAACAACAGUCCUGGGCGGAAUUUAUCUUUUCUUCCUCAUUGAACGUUUUCUCAAAAUGAUCCUGGACUGGAAUGAGAGGAGAAAUGAAGACUACCUAUCUGACGAACCUAUCGAUGAUCAGGAUAUGUACUCCUCUAUCAAGGCAAAAACACCCAUCACGACAGCCCAGCGUUACAAAGACACAAAGAACCUUCCAACAAGUCUGCCAACAUCUGCUAGCGAGAUCCCACUGACGGACGAAAACUCACAGGAUAACGUGCUCUCUAUUAUAGAGAUAACACCUCAGAAUGGCAACACCAAAUCACAUGCUAAUAAACCGAUUGCCACCGUGGCUUGGAUGAUCAUAUUUGGCGACGGGAUGCACAACUUUAUUGAUGGUUUGUCCAUCGGAGCAGCAUUUACCGAGAGUAUCCUGGCAGGCAUCAGUAUUUCUCUGGCCAUUAUCUGUGAGGAACUACCUCACGAGUUAGGUGAUUUUGCUAUUUUGAUCAACGCUGGGAUGAGUAUGAAGAAGGCGCUGAUGUACAACUUCCUGUCUGCGUGCAUGUGCUAUCUGGGGCUGAUAGUAGGAAUGCUGUUGGGAGAAAACACACAUGCACAUGACUGGAUCUUUGCUAUAGCAGGUGGAAUGUUUCUCUACAUCUCACUUGUGGACAUGAUGCCUGAGAUGAACAGCGAAGCAGAGAAUGAAGAAAACAAGAGGAUUAUUGGUGUUGUGCGUAUCUUCGUACUCCAGAACCUCGGCAUGAUUCUCGGAUUUGCCGUCAUACUCAUGAUGACUUUGUACAGCGGCGAUAUCAAUUUUGAAUAG